AUGCCCGAGGUGGGACCUCCUCAGGCGUGUGCCCCUUUGGGGCAAAUGUGGCAGUUCCUGCCGGGGUCCUUCCACAAACCACUUCCAANGCUUGACGGCUUCCUGUUUUUGGUGAAUACCGGGGAAGGGCAGCGUGGUGUGUUGUGUCGGUACAACGUGACGCAGUCCUGGCAGUACAAGCAGGAGCGAGGCUGCAUCAACACCAGCGUCUACAAUAUUCUCAUGAGGCACGACCGGGUAGAGUUCCACAAGAACCUGCCUCAGACCAACAUAAAUGGAGUGUCGUGGGGAAGCGAGGCAGCCCGACAGAAGAGUCACACCUUCACUUGCCGGAUGCUGGUCAAGUUUGGCCACGCACACGGCCCCAUGGAGGAGGGGCCAGGAGGGCCGCGCUACGAGACCAUGCAGUGUUUUGCUCUUACCCAGCCCAAGGCCAUGAUCGAGGAGGGGGAAGACCUGCAGUCAUGUAUGAUCUGUGUGGCCCGUCGGGUGACAGCCAUGGAGAGAACGGAGAGCUUCAACACUCGGCAUGAGCUCUCAGGUAAACUGAUCCAGAUCGACCAGAACUCUCUGCGGGCGUCGAUGCGUCCGGGCUGGGAGGAUUUGUUGAGGCGUUGCAUUCAGAUGUUCCUGCAGCACAGUGACGGGCAGCCCUGGUCGCACAAACGCCACUACCAUGAGGCCUUCCUGCAGGGUCACGCUGAGACUCCCUUGUACCGCUUCUCCCUGUCCGACGGCACUCCAGUCACAGCCCAGACCAAGAGCAAACUGUACCGGCACCCAAUGAGCAACGAGCCACAGGGAUUCAUCUCCACACACCUUCUACAGAGGGAACCCAACGGCUACCGCUCAGCUCAGGGGGGAAACAUGAUGCCGAACACCAUGAGACCACAGGGCAUGGUAGGCCCAAACCCCAAUGCCCAAAUGAACAUGAACACCGGUGGGGGGAUGGGCAUGAGCAGGGGCUUCGGCAUGAACGAGCAGGGCCACAUGGGUCACAUGGGUCCGAUGGGAGGCAGCUCUAUGUACGGAGGCAGCGGUGGCGGAGGAGGGAGUGGAGGUGGAGGCAUGGGCAGCCGCAUGAUGCAGAUGAAUCACAUGGGGCAGAUGAAUCAGGGGGGGCACAUGAAUCAGAUGAAUCAGAUGGGUCCCAUGAAUCACCCGGGCCAAGGCAUGCAGCAGCACCCACAGCAGCCCCCGUUUCAGAGCAGCGGGGGGUUCGGGCUAAGCGGCAUGAACAGCCCUUCAGGAAGCCCCAGAAUGGGUGGCCCCCAGCCGGGUCUUCUGAUGUCCCCCCGCAACAGAGGGAGCCCAAAGAUGGGCGCGAAUCAGUUCUCACCUGGAGGUAUGCACUCUCCCAUGAGCGGCAUCGUCAGUGGUGGAGGAAGUGGAGGAAGUGGAGGAAGCACCACCACCUUCUCCAGCAGCUCCUUAAACGCCCUACAAGCGAUCAGUGAAGGAGUCGGCAGCUCCCUCCCCUCCACCCUAACGUCCCACUCGCCAGCCCACAAACCAGACAGCUCGCCCAGCAUCCACUCUUCCUCUCAGCCCAGCCAGCCGCCCAAACCGGGCCCAGACGGCUCCAAAAGCCCAGCGGGAGGCUUGGGGCCCGGCGACCAUCACCACCCCAUGCACCAUCACCACCCUCAUCAGCAUCCUCAGGCUGAGAGUUCUGCAGACCGACCCGACAACCAGGCAGCUACAGCGACUAAAGAGUCCGCAGAGGGAAGCAACGAUGCGGGGGCGGCGAGCUCUGAACCCUCUCGGAGGUUGCCGGACAGUAAGGGGCAUAAGAAGCUGCUGCAGCUGCUGACCUCUCCGACCGAGGAGCUGGGGAUAGGUGGCAGCGGGUCAUCAGGGCCGCCUGUACCUCCUCCACCAGCCGGCAGCAGCACUCCUGCAGGCUCAGACAGUAAAGACCCCACUGGAGGCAUGACGAGCCCCUCCUCGACUGGAGUCUCCUCUUCAUCAACCGGUGCCAAUCCGGGCCAGGCGACCGGGCCAGGGGCUUUGGCAGCAUCCCUUUCCUCAGCGCACUACACUGGCUCCCUGCAAGAAAAGCACAAGAUCCUCCACAAGCUUCUUCAAAAUGGAAACACUCCAGAUGACGUAGCUAAGAUCACAGCCGAGGCCACGGGGAAGGUGACGCUCGGGGGCCAGGAGGGCGGCGAGGCAGGAGGAGGGGCAGGGGCCGGGCCGGGGAUGGUCACGGAGCCCAAGCAGGAGCAGCAUAGCCCCAAGAAGGAGAAGACCCACGCCCUCCUCCACUACCUUCUCAACAAGGAUGACUCCAAAGAGCCAGUGGAUGUCAAGCCCAAACUGGAGGAUCUCGAUGUGAAGGGAGCCCCGGGGGCCGCUGGCGGUCCCGCACGGGGCGGACCUGGACCUGCACCCGAACAUCCUGAGAGCAAGAUCAAGUCAGAACCACCGGAUGAUUUGCAUAACCUGGAGUCUAUCCUCGGAGAUUUGAGGGGUUCAAGCUCUGACUUUUACCCGGAUCAGAGCGGAGGUGGAGGGGCGAACGACACAGGAAGCAAACCCCAGGGUUGCCUUGACGACAGCCUGCAGGGAAAUGCCGGAAUGGGCCCGGGGCCUCGGGGUCCCUUCCAGAGGGCCAUGUCCAUGGAUGGGAAGCCUCCUGCCGGGCCUGUGGGAGCAGGAAGACGCCCCAUGCUCAUCAAGCAGGAGAACAUGAUGGGCAGCCCGGACGGCUACCCAGGAAACAUGGGACCAAUGAACAGGGGCAUGGUUCCCCAGCGGUCGCCCAUGGGGGGGUCAGCGGACUGGGGCAUGUCCCGCUCAGGUGUCAGCCCUGUGGGUUCAGCAGGACACCCCUCCAUGAUGCGUCCCGGCAUGGAGUACAGCAACAGCAGGGGCAUGAUGUCAGGACCCAUGAUCGGCCGCUCCAACAGCGUACCGGGCACCAGGUCCAUGCUGCAGCAACAGCUGAUGGAUAUGGGAAGCUCUGCCGACAUGGGGAUGAGCCCCUUCAGUCAGCAGGGCCAGCCCAACCAGUCCCCCUCCUGGCCCGACGCCAUAAUGAGCAUGGACGGUACCAGGCCAGUGCAACAUCGACAGUUUGGAAACGCCUUAGAUGAUCUCCUGGUGCCUCCCACCACCAGUGAGGGUCAGAGCGACGAGCGGGCGCUUCUGGACCAGCUGGACUCUCUGCUCAACAACACGGACGGCAUCGCUCUGGAGGAGAUCGACCGAGCGCUGGGUAUCCCGGACCUCGUCAGCCAGAACCAGGGAAGUGAGCAGCAGCUGGAGUCUUUUCCAGGGCAGGACCCGUCCAUGGUGCUAGAUCAGAAGCCCCACUAUGGACAGGGCUACCCCGGACCCCCCACCAUGCCCAUGCAGUCUGGCUAUGGAGGGAACCCCAUGCAGGGCCAGGCCCAGCAGGGGGCGUUCGGGCCCAUGCUGUCUCAGAUGGGCCAAGGUGGAAGCUUCCCUGGAAUGGGUGGGAUGGGCGGCAUGGGUCACCCUCGUGCCAACAUGAUGAGACCCAGGAUGAUGACUGCCAACAAGCCCAUGAGGCUGCAGCUGCAGCAGAGGCUGCAGGGCCAGCAGUUCAUGAAUCAGACGCGGCAGGGCAUGGGCAUGAAGAUGGAGAACCCAGGAGGAAACCCUGGCAUGAGGCCAGGCAUGCAGCCUGGCAUGGGAGGACAGGUAGAUGACCCGGGCUUCAUCAACGCUCAGAUGAUGGCUCAGCGCAGCAGGGAGAUGGUCACCAUGCAGAUGAGGAGGCAGCGGAUGAUGAUGCUGAUGCAGCAGCAGCAGGCCGCCGCCGCCGCAGCCGCCGCGGGGGGGUUCAGUCCUCCUCCAAACGUCACGGCUCCUGGGGGCAUGGAGAGCCCGAUGGGGGGGCCGACCAUGGGCCAGCCGGGGCCGCAGCAGUUCGGCUACGGGGCGAGCUAUGGGAUGGGCCAGCAGGGAGACCCCUCGUUCGGCCCAGCAGGCGGCAGUCCUCCUAACGCCAUGAUGCCCGGCCGCCUGGGGCCUCAGAACCCCAUGAUGCAACAGCACCCGCAGGGCGGUCCCAUUUACCAGGGGGCGGAAAUGAAAGGCUGGUCGCAGGGAGGCAUGGGACGCACCAGCUCGUACCCUCAGCAGCAGUUUGGGCAGCAGGGACCUCCAGGGCAGCAGCAGUUUGGGCAGCAGGGGAACCCGGGCCAGUAUGGGGGCAUGAUGAUGAAUGGGGGGAUGCCAGCCAGCGGAGGAGGAGGUCACAUGGGCCAGAUGGGAGGGCAGAUGGGAAUGAACCCCAUGGUGAUGGGACGCAUGCCGAUGGGGCCUGAUCAGAAAUACUGCUGAGCAUCGUGACAGGAGCAUUAGUCUCGCUGUGAUCUCCACUCAGAGACAGGACACGGCUGCAGCCCUGGAGUGUGUGUGGAGGAGCAGGUGUUGUGUGUCUGUGUGCAGUGCUGCACUCCCACCAGACGGGGGGGUGAACUUCCUUUGGACUCAUGGCCAGUAAUCAGUCUGGCAACAACCUGAGGGAAAGCAGACAGACUGUCACACACAUAUGUUAAAACAUGCAGCGUUCAUGAAAAUCAGAAACACUGUGAUACAUUUACAUUAAUCCUCAGACAGCUCUGUCAUCCCCCUUUUAGGCUGUAGUUUAAUAUUCCUCUCUUUAUGAUCGGUGUGUGCGCCUCAGUAAACACAAACCGCUCCCUGGACCAAACCGUGAAGGUGGACAGACACUCGAGCAGAUCACAGACUUGGACGAAAGUGUUAAGACAUCCUCUCCUCUGUCGAAUGUACCAUGCAGCUGUGUUCAGAUUCAAAAUGUGGGAUUGCUCUCUUGUUUCUGAACUCUGUGGGAUUUUCUUCCCCCGCCAUCCCUCCACUGCUCCUGGAGGAUCCCUAAAGUAAACGUGGUUCAAGAUGAAGAGACAUCAGAUUGGGACACUCAGAUGAAUGUCAUUAGGCAGUAGCACAUUGUUUCCUUCUCCAGGACGCCGCUAAAGUACGAGUGAAUUACUUAUUGGCUGAUUGCACUUUAAGGAAAGGCUAACAUCAAAAGGAUUGUGGCAAUACAGAGGCCUUUACCCAAGAAUUGCAUUGCAGCAGUUGUUUAUUUUGGUGUGUGUGUGUGUGUGUGUGUGUGUGUGUGUGUGUGUGUGUGUGUGUGUGUGUGUGUGUGUGUGUGUGUGUGUGUGUGCCAACCGUUCCUCUCCGGGUAAUGGGGGCUGUUGUUUGGAAAUGGGUAACUUUGAUGAUCUUUGUUCUAAAGUGGGAACCAGUAGAAAGGCGGCAAGCACAGAUUUUAUCCAACGCUCUCAUCUACAGAGGUACCAAUUUAUUACAACAAACCAUUUUUAAGUAAUUUUAAAAACUCACUUGAGACAAACAGACUUCUAUAAUUAAAUGUUCCAAAACUUAACUUAUAUUUAUAAAGUUUCAUUAACAUGAUCAUUUUAUCUUUCCAGAGGUAGUUUUAAAUCCAAAAUGUGCUGAUAUUUUGGUUACCUCGCACCAAUUAACAGUGUUAUUACAAAUGCAGAAAUGAAAUUGAUUGCCAAUUAUGAAAUGAUGUCUUUAUUAGCUCCCACUGUAAGAGAGAAGUGUGUGUUAGAUUUCUAGCAAUAAUCCUUCCUCCUGGUUUUCCUCUGUGGACAAAUGAAAUAUCAUUUACUCAAAGCGAUGGCACUGCAGUAUUAGACAUGAUGUCUUGUUUGGAGCUUUUUGUUUUUGUUUUGUCUGUGAAUAUGAAUUGUAAAUAAGCUUCAAAUGUACUAUAUAUAAAUAUAUAUAUGCUUUUGUAGGUCACAUACUGUUUUUGCACAGAUUGUAAGGCUUGAUAUUUAAAAGUGUAAUUUUCUUAAUCCGUCAUAGGUCAGCUUUUAUUUUCAAUACUUUAAGCAUUGUUUGGAAAGUAAGGGCCUCCUUUUUGUAAGCAGUACGUGUGGAUUUUCUUUCUUACUGCUACCUUCUUUCUCUCAGAAAGCACUCUGAGGAUAUUUGUCUUAGCAAAGGAGGUGCUAGUGUGUAAUUUCUUUUUUAAAUAAAUUAUUUUUCUUCUCUCAAAAAAAAUGCCUAUACAAAAAGAGUUGACACAUGAUUGUGUUAGGCUUCUCGAGGCCCGGAUGUCUUACCAGUAUGUGGCGUUGAUGUGUUCUGAACCUCAUGCUUCCAUGUGUGACUUUCACUCCUGAGAUUUCUGUGCUCAGAAUUUUGCAGAAAUGAUCGUUCGGCCUCAGAUGCGAGACUUCAGAAAUCAGUCCCACCGUAUAACUGUCCAUAAGUCCAUUUGGUCCGUUCACAAAUGUUUUAACAUGAUGGAAGCAACACAUGAAGUAGUUUAAACCCCUUAUUACCUGAUAACUGACUUUUUUUCUUUGCCUUCAUUUUCAUUUUAUUUCCUGUGAAGCUUAUGUUGAGAAAUCUACCUUUGAACACAUGCUCAAUCCAAAGAUUUUUGUUUGUCAUUCUGCUGUGCGUAGAAACAGUUCCCGACGUAGAACGUGCAAGUACUCCUGUGUGCUUUAACUGUCGCACAUAACCUAUAAUAUACAUUAAACUAGAUAUGUUUAAUUGCAUUUUAUCCCCAUCCGUAUGACAUAGAGUAGAGACGAGUCUGCUGAGGUGGUUUGAGUUUUUUGUUUGUAAAAGUGUCUUCCUUUCUGUAGAACUUAUGGCCAGUUGAAUUGUGGUGCUGCAGACGGUUCUUUCACAAGAGAAUGUCAACAUUUUCUAAGCUGGAAAGAAGGGUUCAUGAUUGAUGUCAUUUUGUCUCUGAAUAAUAGCUUGGAGUUGUUUUAGCUUUGUUUAACCCCAGUCUCAAUGAAGAGUAUGAAAUCUACAAAUGUAAACAAAAAAAAAGUAUGUGUUUUGCUUUAAAGGAAACGAUCUCCUGUCAGUGCAUCGUUGGAGCUAUAAGAGAAAACACAUCUGGGAAACAUACAGUCAUUAUUACAGGAUGUAAAAUACUAUUGCAUUUCUUUUUCUUACCUUGUUUCUUGAUGUUAAUAUCGAUGUAAAUACAAAUUUAUAUUUAAACA